AUGUUGUUCCAAGACCUAGCAACAGAGAUCAUCGAACUUAUCGUACAGAAUUUGACAGUGCGCGCUGACCUUAACGCCUUCUGCCAGACCAACAAACGAUUUUACCUCAUUUCCAACGAUCAUGUCUAUCGUGAGGAUGCGCACUGGCGAUGCAACGCGCUCCGAUGGGGUUCUGAAGAGGGCCUCAUCUCAGUGGUAGAGAGAUCACUCGACCAAGGCGCUGACGUCAACUACAUCAUCAACUACGAGGAAGAGACUGCCCUAUUUCCAGCAGUCCGGAAACAGUACUGGGAUGUUGUGCAUUUGCUACUAACGCGAGGUGCUGAUGUUCACCACAGGAACAAGGUUGGGGAUAAUCUUGUCUACUUUGCUGUGACGACUGGCAGUUAUGAUCUGGUGAAGCUCAUGCUAGAUCAAGGUGUUGAUCCAAACUCCCAUGUGGAAGGCGAUGCUCCUCCUUUGUUGCUGGCAGUGCGAAGAGGAUACACUGACAUCGUGAGAUUGCUAUUUGAUAGUGGGGCAUACAUCGAUGACAGUGACGACUGGGGCGAAACGCCUUUGCAUAUCGCCGUGAGUGCGCCCCAGCGUGAUAUCCUCAGUUUCUUCAUCGAGAAAGACGUUUUCCGCAAGGACAAGGCUGGGGCCCGAGGUGCUGAUGCACUGGAGAUGGCUGUCAUACGAGGAGACAUGCCAACAUUAACGCUGCUUCUUGAGGGCGGCGCUGACCCACUUGUUCGAAGAUGGACGAGGCAUCAUGCGAUUAUCACAGCGGCACUAGCUAGGGAAGAUGACAUGGCAAUCUUGAUGACAGAAAGGCUGGUAGGAGAACUCGGUUUCAUUGGUGAGCAUGGCAAGGAGUUGCUCUGGUAUGCUGUCAAAGGAAGAUGUCAACGGUAUACUCGCUAUCUGUUGAACAUGGGUCUCGAUCCAGAUAAGGAUCUAUGGAAGGAAGUUGAUGGUUCAAUGGUAGGAGGUUCUGCCCUGGUAGUCGAGAUGCUGGGCGCUGGUGUAUUAACAGCAUAA